AGGAUUAAGAAGGGUCUCCUUUCCUUCUCUCCAGAGAUGCUGCCUGUCCCGCUGAGUUACUCCGGAUUUCUGUGCCCGCGGUGUAAACCAGCAUCUGCAGAUCCUACUUGAUGUUCAGGCAUGGACAUUGCGGGCCGAAGGGCCUGCUACUGUGCUGGGAGGCCGUGGGUAUCAGGGUAGAUCUAGCCACUGAUGUUGAACACAUUCUAUGCCCCGGCAACUUGCAGACGACGCCAACUUUCCACAUCCACCCCCGUGUGUCUGCGGCGAGGAUUUGGGGAGUGGAUCAUCAAGAGGUGCAACUUGUCACUUUCAUUUCGCAACCAGGCUGAACGCGGCUUAGAGCAGCGGCUGCCAGAGCCUCGGCCACAAGGCUGUCUGUGCGCCACGCCGGGGAGGGGGGUGGAGGAGAGAAGAAUGGACCAUCCAGUCUACCAGGGAAAGAUUAACAGAGAGACAGGCGAGAGACUUCUGGGCAGGAGCGGCAAGGACGGCAGCUACCUGCUGAGGGACAGCGAGUCGCUACCCGGGGUGUUCUGCCUGUGUGUUCUAUGUUCCGGGGUAGUUUACACAUAUCGUGUGUUCAAGACGCCAUCAGAUUCGUGGACUGUUGAAACAGCGCCUGGAGUCCAUAAGAGAUUGUUUCGAAAGGUGAAGAAUUUAAUUGCAGCCUACCAGAAGGAAGGUCAAGGUUUAGCGAUACCCUUAUUGUACCCAGUGUACAAGCAGAAAGGCACUGUAAACGAGGAAGAUUAUCAAAUGAUGAAAAGUGCUGAAUGAUGCCUGCGUUUUUUCAAUAUCAACCUGAAUUUUGACUGAAUUCACCAGUAGUGUUUUAUGCACCAGUCAAUUUGCAGACAUCUUCACUGAUCAUUCAUUGACUGUCAGACCCACUAUUCAACAAUAUCAUUUUCAGUUUUUUGUUUUUAAUUUCAGAGUACCAGAUGCUUAAUAUGCAAUUAGUCCUUUCCAAAAUAAGUUUGAAGAAUAUAUUCUGUCUUCUAUCAGUAUACUCUACGAAAAAAAGGAAUCUUAAUUUUCCAUGUAUUUAUUUAUUUUUGCUUCAAACCUGUUUGAGAAGGGACGUCUGCAUGUUCUAAAUUGUUUCAAGGCAGCUGGUGAGAAGAAUGAAGAGUUUUAUUGUCGUGCAUGUCCCAAAACGGAACAAUGAAGUUCUUAAUUGCACAGACCAACAGAUAAGCAAAUGGCAGUACUCUGUAGCUUCCUGGAAAAAAAAAACAAAAAUCAGGAUAUUUUUUUUUUCAAAAGUUGCUUGAUGUGUUUUUUAAAAUAAAAGCAAGAAGUGCUGACCCUAUUUCACUCUCCACAUGUGCUAGUGACCUGCAGAGUGUUUGCAGCAUUUUCUGUUUAAAAUGUGAAUACAUCUUUUAAUACAUUCUGAAUAUCUGUGAAUCGUAAUGGUGACAGUGUCAACAAAAAACUUUCUUUGAAUGGGUGGCACCUUGAAUUUAUUCAAGGGUUGUCUUGAUUUCUUGGUGAAUUGGAUUCUAUUGACAUUCCUCCAAUGUACUCCUGUCCUGCCUAGAAGACUGAGCAAACACUCAAUUUCUCUCAAUAACAAUAAUGUAGGUGCAAAUGUCCGAUUGAAUUACAUGUUCCUGAUCCCGUCACAUCCUGCAAAGAAAGCAUGAGUUAAGGGGCUGUCCCACUUGGGUGACCUAAUUGGCGAGUUUAGAAGAGUUUGAAAAAAUGUCAUGUUGAAGACCUCCUUUGACUAUGUAGAAAACUUCCUUCAACCGCCUUCGACUAUGUUGAAGACCAGCUACAACUAACUUCGGGAAAAUUGGACACCGAAUAGUGAAGAGUGAAGACGACUUCCUUCA